CAGAUCAGUUCAGAUUGUAUUAAUAUGAUCACUUCUCAAUGUGUUUUGUUUAGGUAACGUGUGAAGGAGUGAGGUUAUAACAUUUUAAACCGGUGGCAGUUGUGCAGUUUUUAGAUAAAAGUGUAAUUACUUGUGUAAAGUGCAGUUUUAAUAAGUGAUUUUAGUGUACCAUGACUAAUUUGGAGCCUGUUCAUGCUCUUAAUUUAGAUUUGCCACAACAGCAGAGCUUUGUGAGAUUUUACGAAAGUCUACCCAAAAAACCAGCUUCCACAGUUCGAUUCUUUAGUCGUACCGAUUAUUAUACUGUUCAUGGGGAAGAUGCUGUGUUUGCUACGCAAGAACUAUUCAGCACGCAUCCCAUUAAAUACAUGGGGGAAACACCCAAACUUAGCUACCUGGUUCUGAGUAUUAAUAAUUUCGAAAAAUUCAUUCGUGAACUUCUCCUUGUUAAACAGUACAGGGUAGAAAUCUAUGUUAAACCUAAAGAGGGUAAAAAUAAUGACUGGGUCUUAAAAUAUAAAGGGUCGCCAGGAAAUCUAUCUCAAUUUGAAGACAUACUUUUCGAAAAUAAUCAGAUCGCAGUCAACAGUUGCGUUAUUGGGGUUAAAAUAUUCAAAAAUAAGAUGUUAGCUGUAAGUUGUGUCAAUAUUACAGAAGGUCAAUUUCAAGUUUGCGAAUUUAACGAUAACGAAUUUUUCACUGAGCUUGAGGCUUUGUUAGCCCAGGUUAGCCCAAAGGAGGCUAUCAUUCCUUCCGCUGAUACGGGAGACUUAAAAAAUCUUCAAAAGGUAUUAGAAAGAAACGGAGUGCUGGUAGUUAAAGCCAAAAAAAAUGAUUUUAACGAUGACGAUUUUGUCCAAGAUCUAAAUCGUUUAUUAUAUUUUGACGAAAAGCAGCAAAGAAACGCUCUGGCAUUUAGCGAAACUUCACUGAAAGAGGCAAUGGGCAGUCUUCAGGCCGUCGUGAGGUAUUUGAAUCUCAUAGCUGACGAACAAAAUUACAAUCAAUUCAGGCUUAGUAUGCUAGAUCUUCGUCGAUAUGUUCGACUUGAUAACGCCGCUGUGUACGGUCUAAACCUGUUGCCCCAAAUGGAACAGAGAGGUUUCAGUAAAAAGACUAACAGCAUUCUUGGCAUGUUAGAUAGUUGUUUGACGGUCCAAGGGAGAAGGUUGCUGGAACAGUGGGUCAGACAACCCCCUAGAGAUAUGAACAUAAUAACUGAACGUUUAGAAAUUGUCCAUGCUCUCGUUGAGAACUCAGAAUUUCGGGAAGUUCUCCGCGCAAAUCAUCUAUCCCAAAUUCCCGAUCUUUUGAUUCUUUCGAAAAAAAUGGUGAACAAAAAGACAACCCUUCGCGAUCUCUAUAGGGUGUAUCAGGCGGCAAACCAUGUUCCUGGGCUGGUGAAUUCUCUUCGAAAAUGUGAAAACAAAUACGUGAAUGCGGUUCUUGCCGAUCCCAUAGCCGAAUUCCUCGUCGAUAUGGAGAAGUUUCAGUCCAUGAUCGAGCAAACUAUCGAUUUGGAUUUGGUGGAUCGUGGAGAGUAUUUUCUUAAGCCUACUUUUGACGAAAAGUUAGGAGAAAUACACGACAAAAAGCAGCGACUGGAAGAAAAGAUACAAAAAGUGUUUAGGCGCGCUUGCGACGAACUCAACAUGGAAAAGGGCAAAGGGGUUAAAUUAGAAUGUAACGACCAACACGGUUAUCACUUUAGAGUCACUCUGAAAGAGGAAUCGAGUUUGAGAAAACAAAAGUCUUUCCAAAUCAUCGACUCUCUUAACAAAGGAGUCCGAUUCACGAACGAGAAACUGAGUGAAAUCAACGAAAGAUACAUGGAAUUGAAUAAAGAGUACGAGGAUGUUCAAAAGAAUUUGGUAAAAGAGAUUAUAGACGUUGCAGCUGGUUAUGCCGACACCCUCCGCAACCUAAACCACUACAUGGCAAAAGUAGAUGUGUUGGUAUCGUUUGCGACGGUUGCCGCAACCGCCCCCAUACCUUUCGUAAAACCGAAACUCCUUAAGGAAGGUUCGGGAGUUUUGCGAUUAAAAAAAGUCCGGCAUCCGUGUCUCGAACUGCAAGACGGCGUCACCUUCAUACCGAAUGAUACCCAUUUCAAGGACGGCCAGAAAAACUUCUACAUCAUAACCGGCCCGAAUAUGGGCGGCAAAAGCACUUAUAUAAAAAGCGUGGGGGUGUGCGUUCUUUUGGCCCACAUAGGAAGUUUGGUGCCGUGUGCGGAGGCCGAGAUAUCUUUGGUGGAUUGUAUUUUGAUGAGGGUUGGAUCGGACGAUUCUCAAUUGAAGGGGUUGUCCACGUUUAUGCUGGAAAUGGUCGAGACGACUGGUCUCGUCAGGAGUGCCACAUCGAAUUCGUUAGUAAUUAUAGACGAGCUAGGUAGGGGUACGUCAACGUAUGACGGGUUUGGCAUUGCUUGGGCUAUAGCAGAACAUUUGGCCAAAGAGGUUCGAUGUUUUUCCUUGUAUGCCACCCAUUUCCACGAAAUAACCCAUUUAGCUGAGAUGAUACCGGCGGUUCAUAAUGUUCAUGUGACCGCUGUGACCACCGAAACCACGAUAACCCCGUUAUACCAAGUUCGCGAAGGGGUGUGUGAUAGAAGUUACGGUAUCCAUUGUGCCAAAAUGGCCGAUUUUCCUCGUGAUGUAGUAGAGGAUGCCGCAAAAUAUCUCGAAGAACUCGAAAACAGUAACGGUAUGAAAUAUAUUAGGGAUUACGAGUUCAGUUUAAAAAAAAAGGAGAUACAGGAAGGGGAUGAACUAAUUAACGAAUUUUUGAGCAAAUGUAGACAACUCAAUGUUUCGGAAUUAUCGGACGAAGAAUUAAUCGCUUCAGUACAGAAAUUAAAAGAGGAAAUACUCAAGAAGAAUAACAUGUUCGUUAAAGGACUUAUGAAUUUAUAAUAAUAAGUGUUUUCAUUUGUCUUUUUACCAAUUCAUUUUUUUUUUGUCUUUUAAAUAACCUAAACAUUAUUAAAAGUAUUUUUUCGUAU